AGAGAGAGAAAAUGUACUGAGUCUUCAUUUUGGGAUAGCAGGCACAAAGGUUUCAGUAGUAAAGCACUCGGAAGGUCUACCCAAAGGAAGUGACUACAGUUCUCUCAUUACAUCUUCAAAUCUGAAGGUUAGCAUGACAGCCUAUGGACUGUUAGCUGGGAGGAGGACUUCUCCCCAGCUUCUUAGUCAGUAGCAGAAUUUUAGAAUGUCUGUGCUGUCUUAUCGAAACCCUAGUGCAGCUUUGCUGUGGUAAGGAGGGCUCUCCACGGUUAAGUUGCUAAUUUACUGCAUUGUGCAUUCUUCAGAUUGCUGGGUAAAUUAGUAACUUCUUUUCAGGCUUCUAGAAAUUCUUCAGGACACUUUUUUUUUCUUAACUACCUGCUAACAUACUGUCAGAGUUUACAUCAGCUACAGCGACCUUUGAAGUUCAAGCUUGGCAGUUUUUAAGACCGUGAUUUUAUUCGUAUCAAAGGUCAGGUGUUUUCAGGUAAACUGAUUUUACAAAGUCAGAAAGCCUUUCUUUGAACUUCAUAGUCGUUGGCCGUAGUCACGGCUCUAAGGAAAGCCACUCGGAGGGAAACACCUUUAAAGGAAUUUUAUGAGGAGUGUCUCACAGAUUUUAUGAAACAUUACAUGUUUCUUUGCCUUUUAAGAAACCUGGGCUUGGCCAGGUGGGAGUAGCACAUGCCUUUAAUUCCAGCACUCCAGGGGGCAGAGGCAGACAGAUCUUUGAGUUCUGAGUUCAAGGUUAGCUUGGUCCACAGAGCGAGUUCCAGGACAGGUAAGGCUACACAGAGAAAAUGUCCCCCCACCCCACCAAAAGAAAGAAGAAAGAAGAAAGAAAGGAAGAAAGGUGGACUUCGCUCAUGGCUCACUAGUAAAGGUGUUCGUCCUUGCCUGCACAUCUUAUUAUCCUCUAACCCAUACAAAUAAAUAAAUAAAAAUUUGAAUGUAUACACACACACACACACACACACACACACACACACACACACACACACACACAUUCCCAUGACUGCUUUCCUAAAUUAUUAAGCAUGAGGUUGUUUAUAUGUUUGUAGCCAGACUUUGGCUUUUGCUGUAGAAGAGAUUCAGAGGCUUCUAAUUAUUUUUUUUUGACUGUUCUGAUGAUUGCACAGAAAAGUUAUCGUGCUUUGAUUUAGGCUUUGAUUUAAACAUGAAAGGUUAGUACUGGUGUAAGAGCCAAGUGAUUUUUUUUUCUCUUGUGUUUCCAGUCUUCAUUAGUCACUUGGAUGUUCGUGAACUAGAGUUCUUUGUCACUUAAGACGGAAAAGCAGCCAUUAUUCACACUAACGAGUAGCUUUUCGCCAUAGAAAUGUUUACAGGCUCGUGACGACCAGCCCAAGCUUUUGUUGUAAAUUGUGAAUAAAGUGCUAGGUGGAUGGGGUUAAUAGUUGGUUACGGGAAGUCUAGAGUUGAUGCUUUUCAGUUGUUUGGUUUUUGGAUUCUGUUCUUUGAAUUUCUCCUUCAGGAGGGAGCUUUUGUAAAAAUCUAGACUGGAGUCAAACACAAGGUAUUGUUCAGGUAUUCCCCAGAUGUGGGGCUGUGAGCAAGUGGUCUAUCCUGCCUCUUUAUUUUCUAACUCUAAACGUGUACGCGUGUGUGUGUGUGUGUGUGUGUGUGUGUGUGUGUAUGUGUAUGUAUGUGCGUGAGCGUGCGUGUUCAUGCUCACCAGCAGAAAGGCUGUUCCGUCCCUGCCUAUUUAAAUGGUCACUUGAUUCUAGAGUCCCUUCUCGGGUUGAGCACUUUUUCUUUCAGUGUUUCACUGAACGAGCUCUUUGCUGAAGCCCUCCAUUUCCCCAGUUGGAGUCUAGGUCUUCCUCCGAGGGCUCCUCCAGUUUAUCCCAUCGUAUAGCUCUGAGGGAUUAUAUUGUGGACUUCGGUUGUUAGGUGUUGCCUUCCUUUGUAGAUUGGAAGCUCCACGAGGGUCGGGGUUACCGUUUCUUCUUCCCGAGUAUCUGUAUUUUACAUGGGCUUCCCUGCCCUGUGAUAGUGGACCUUGCAUACAUUUUGGCUGGAUCAUUAUUGAGGCAGUUGGGGAAGAAUACUUCGAGUAGUAGGAAGUGCCUUUAAUUCCCUCCAUUGUUGGUGCGCUGUUAUCUGUAGUGGAACCAACACAUUGGUAAGGCUCAUUUCUUCCUUUACCUCAGAUGGGGGUUUGUGGAGUUUAGUCAGAGGGAUGAAAAGGCGUCACAGCAGCUCUGGCCUCUCAUUUGUUCAUCUCACCAUAGUAGUACUCAGGCCUGGUCCGCCUGCAGCCAGCCGCCUGGAGCGGAGGAAGGCAGCUGACUGCCUCUCCUUGAGUUUUAUUUGCUUUGAAGAAUGUGUAAAGGUAGAGACUAGCGGCUGCAGGCUCUGGUUUCGUCCCCUGCUGUGCCAUGCAAAUGUUCUCCACACGCCUGAUUGACCUUUUGAGAAAGAGCCUUUGUGAUCUUCUGCAGCCAGGCCUUGUUCUUGUGCUGGAAAUGGGGGCCAGAUUCCUCCAAAAGUGGGAUAAACGGAUCUUCAAAGACCACAUACAGAGCAAGCGACGUUCCUGGGUGAAUACGAUGGGCCCCGAGGCUCCUGCCUUCUUUGCUAGUGAUUUUGAAAUCUGCUCUGCGGUUUGCUGGACAGGUUGAUUUGGGGAAUGGCGUGCCCAAGAGGGAACUGAUGAAGUGAAGGCAGCUGAGUAGCUGGAGUUUCCCUGGCUUCUGAGCUCCUGGAGACGCAGUGCUGGAGCAGAUGGAUAAUGGAGACUGGAGCUAUAUGAUGACUGACCCAGUCACGUUAAAUGUAGGCGGACACUUGUACACGACAUCUCUUACCACGUUGACACGCUACCCGGAUUCUAUGCUUGGAGCUAUGUUUGGAGGUGACUUCCCCACAGCCAGAGACCCUCAAGGCAAUUACUUCAUCGAUCGAGACGGACCGCUUUUCCGUUACGUCCUCAACUUCUUACGGACUUCAGAAUUGACGCUCCCCCUGGACUUCAAGGAGUUUGAUCUGCUUCGGAAAGAGGCCGACUUCUACCAGAUCGAGCCCCUGAUUCAGUGUCUCAAUGACCCUAAGCCUUUGUAUCCUAUGGAUACUUUUGAAGAAGUUGUAGAGCUGUCCAGUACUCGGAAGCUUUCUAAAUACUCCAAUCCCGUGGCUGUCAUCAUAACCCAGUUGACCAUCACCACCAAGGUCCAUUCCCUACUGGAAGGCAUCUCAAACUAUUUUACCAAGUGGAAUAAACACAUGAUGGAUACCAGAGACUGUCAGGUCUCUUUCACCUUUGGACCGUGCGAUUACCACCAGGAAGUCUCCCUUCGGGUCCACCUGAUGGAGUACAUUACGAAGCAAGGCUUCACGAUCCGCAAUACUCGGGUGCAUCACAUGAGCGAGCGGGCCAAUGAGAACACAGUAGAGCACAACUGGACUUUCUGUAGACUGGCCCGCAAGACGGACGACUGACUGGCGGCCAGCCCUCAGAGAAUUUCCUGCAAGCUCACGUUUCGGGACAUGGAAGAGACUUGUUGUUUAGUGUGGGCCCUCCUUUUUCCUUUUUUUUUUUUCCCCUCCAGUCUUUGUAUUUAUUUGAAGGCACUGAGGACCAGAAGGAAGUUUUGUGUGUGAGCGGUCCCCUCCCUGUUUUGUUCCCAAGUAUGCAUGUGCCUGUUCCGAGUCUCUAGAAACCUUUUUUAUAAAAAGAGAUCUGAAAAUCAUUAUGGUAUAUAAUCCACCCUUAACAGUGCUAAAAUGAUUUAUGAUAACGUGGUCCGUGACUCGACAGGAAGGCUAAAAAUACAGGAAUACAAGAUUAAAGAGGGUGUUGCUCUGACUAGUUUCCAGACCAGUAGGCCGUAUUGCAGUAUUAAAGGAAGACUGGCCAGCCAUCUAAAGGUACUCGUUAAGGACUGCUCUCUACAGUUUUGACAACUGUUUCUUUCUAUGCACAUAAAUCAAGCAACCAAAUAUCUGUAGCCAUGGAAAUGUCUGACUAGAAAUAUUUAUAUUGGAGUCUCAGUACAAAUGUCCCUGUGGUAGAAACCUUAUGCCUGCUACAGUUUCAUUCCCAAGGGUACUGCCUACCAGGAAAGAAAAUCUAAUAAAAAAAAAUGGAAUAUGAA